AUGAGGAUAUCAAAACCACCGGGACAUUGGCUCCCGAUGUUUUGGAUUGUCACAUUAUGUCUUCUUGCUACUACAGUAGUGGCUGGCAAAACACCUUAUGUUUAUGCCUCACCACCGCCACCACAAUCUCCUUAUUAUUAUAGUUCACCACCUCCGCCAAUGAAGUCACCACCACCUUCGUCACCAUAUUAUUACAAAUCUCCACCACCUCCCUCACCGUCACCACCUCCACCAUAUGUCUAUAAGUCACCUCCUCCACCUUCUCCGUCACCACCACCUCCAUACAUUUAUAAAUCACCACCACCACCAUCACCAUCUCCACCACCACCAUACUAUUAUAAAUCACCACCUCCACCAUCACCUUCUCCACCAUCUCCUUAUUAUUACAAGUCCCCACCUCCACCAUCUCCUUCACCACCUCCUCCAUACGUUUAUAAAUCACCACCACCACCAUCACCAUCUCCACCACCACCAUACUAUUAUAAAUCACCACCUCCACCAUCACCUUCUCCACCAUCUCCUUAUUAUUACAAGUCCCCACCUCCACCAUCUCCUUCACCACCUCCUCCAUACGUUUAUAAAUCACCACCACCACCUUCGCCUUCACCUCCACCACCUUACAUUUAUCAGUCUCCACCUCCACCAUAUCCUUCCCUACCACCACCUUAUAAAUACAAGUCACCAACUCCACCACGUGAGAGACCACAAGCACCAGAUCAUUAUAAAUCUCCACCGCCCCCAUAUAUUUACAAGUCGCCUCCACCACCAUCACCAUCUCCAUCACCACCUUAUAACUAUAAGUCUCCCCCUCCACCACCGCCAUCUCCACCGCCUCCAUAUAUUUACAAAUCUCCUCCACCACCAUCACCAUCUCCACCACCACCAUCACCAUCUCCACCACCUCCUUAUGUCUAUAAGUCUCCCCCUCCAUCGUCUCCAUCUCCACCACCUCCAUAUGUUUACAAGUCUCCUCCACCACCAUCUCCAUCUCCACCACCUCCUUAUGUCUAUAAGUCUCCCCCUCCACCAUCUCCAUCUCCACAGAAGAAUUUGUAA